AGAGAGGGACGGAGGACACUGAGUGGAGGCCGGUGGAGGGAUUGGCAGAGAGGGACGGAGGACACUGAGUGGAGGCCGGUGGAGGGAUUGGCAGAGAGGGGGUGGAAAACACUGAGUGGAGGCCAUUGGAGAGAUUGGCAGAGAGGAAUGGAGGACACUGAGUGGAGGCCAGUGGAGGAAAUGGCAGAGAGGGGUGGAGGACACUGAAUGGAGAUCAGUGGAGGGAUUGGCAGAGAGGGUUGGAGGACACUGAAUGGAGAUCAGUGGAGGGAUUGGCAGAGAGGGGUGGAGGACACUGAAUGGAGAUCAGUGGAGGGAUGGCAGAUAUGGAACGAUUGCAUUCAUGAUAGGCUGAAGAGGGGAUAGCCUGCGAUGAGGUCAGCCAAUGAGGAGGGA